AUGUGGGGAAAAGCAAAAAGGUGGGGAAUAAUAAAAAAUAUAUAUUGUAAUAAUAAAUAUUUAUCAUGUGUCUUUUUAUGUAUCAUAACAAAUAUUAGUUCUGUAUUUUUUCUUUUUUUUAUAGACAAUUUAUAUAUAGAGGCUAACAUGAAUAUGAUCAAACAAGGUAAAAGUGUAGAACAACAUGGUUCAAAAUAUUAAAAUUGUCGAAUUACUUUCAUCAUUUCAUGGAAAGCAUUGCGUCUACAAAGAUAUACAAAUGUGCCAAGCUACUUUUAUCCCCAUUGAGAUGUUAACUAAUUUAAAAACUACACAUUCUAACCCAAAAAAUAGAGACCUAAAAUUCAACUGCAUCAUAGGAUUUUAAUCAUCUUCGUUCAAAUCUCCUAACUAAAAAAAUAAAAUUUCAAAACUCCAAAUUUCAAUUUAUUAUUUUUUUGGUAAAAACAAAAUAUAAUGAAAAAUCUUACUUUUAACUGCCUCUCAACAGUGUAUUUCAAAAACUUCACAAUCGGGAUAUAUUUACCUAAUAAACUAAAACUCUACUAUAGUGGAUAAAUAGUAUAGUGAUGCUACUUUAUAUAGUCUGUGAAAAUUUAAAAUCAUUUCAAGUUGCAACAGACAUGGCCGCAACCGCAAUUUAAAAAUAUUAAAAAGCAUCUCAACCUAACCUUAUGAAUUACGUUUAAUGUGUAUAUAUAUGUCUGCCUUACUUGGCUUCAAAAGCACAGUCCAACUCCACAAUACACAAAUAGCAUUUUCAGCUAUACGAGUAAAUUAGCUAAGCCAAAUUAAUUAAGGGUUGUUUUGAACGACAAACAAUGAACAAUCAAGUGGAUAAUCAUGGUCGUUCAACAGAAACCCCAACUAACAAGGAACCGAAGAAAGGUUGGAGAAAGGUUUUAGAACUAGCAGUGAAUUGGCUGUCAUACAAAAACAAGCAUGAAUGGUUGGAACAGAUGAGAGGAAAUAUGAGUGUAGUAGCAGUAUUCAUAGCAACAUUAACAUUUGAAAUGGCAAUAAGUCCACCCGGUGGUGUUAGGUCUGUUGAAGAGAACAACAAAGCUCAAAAAGGAAAUAUAUUAUGUGCUAACGAUACCCGUUUGGAGCUAUGUCCGGGUGAAGCUGCUUUGGCCGUUGUAUACCCUGAACACUAUUCUGACUUCCUUUAUUGGAACACAACAUGUUUCAUUACAUCGCUUAGUGUUUUACUCUUGCUUAUGAGUGGUAUUCGUUUGAGUCAUAGGUUUACUAUGUGGCUUUUAUCUAUGGGGAUGUCUUUCACUCUAACAACUCUUCUUGUUACUUACAGAAUAGCAAUAUUAAUGGUUACCCCAGAUCCUGUAUAUAGUAUUAAUGAGAAAUUACUUUCAACGGUGCUUAAAAUUUGGAUUGGAUUGUUUUCCAUCUCGGGUUUGUUACUCACUCUGCGUAUUCUUAUUUGGACAAUUAAUGAUUACUAUCUCAAUAAAGGUGAAGGUCAAUCAAAAGGAAACAACUCCACCGAAGAUUCCACUCUCUUGAUUUGAUCGUACAAUCUUCAAUUACGACUAUAAUUAGUGUGCUAGGUGUUGAGAUUUGUAUGUUUAAAUUUUAUCGUUGUAAUAAGGACUGUUUUUUUCCUUUGAAUUAAAAAAUGUUGGUGAUUAUAGUUUACUGGCGGAGGAAAAAUAUUUGGGGAAGAGAUCCAACCAUGUAUCUCUUACAUAACCACUUCAUUUGGCAUGUACUUGUGUGUAAGUUGUCUUUAUUUAUAUGUAAUAUAAAUGUGGUUAUGUUUUUGUUUGA